AUGAAGUUCACCACCGGUAUCUCCCUUUUCGCCACUGCGGCCAGCGCUCUUUCGGUCGACCUAAACAAGCGUGACUCUCCUCUCGAUGUCAAGCUUGAGAUGGUUGGCAACACAGCUGUCAAGGCCAGCAUCACCAACACUGGUGCUUCUGACCUGAAGGUCUUCAAGACCGGUACUUUCCUGGAUGAGAAUGCUGCCACUGAGAAGGUUGCCAUCUACCAGGGUGGUAACAAGGUCCAGUUCGAUGGCAUUCGCCUACGCGUGCUAACCACUGGACUUGACGAGGAAGCGUUCAAGACUAUCGCUGCUGGCGAGACUGUCGAGGCCACCUUCGACGUAGCCCAGGCUUACGACCUCAGCGCCGGCGGCAAGUACGACGUUGUCUCCCUAGGAGCCAUGUCCUACGCCGAGCUCAACACCACCGACCUUGCUGGCAUCUACUCGGUUGCUGGAAGCACCCUAACCGCCGAGGUUGAUGGCGCUGCCGCCAAGGAAGUCCGCCGCCGCUUCCACGCUAAGCGUCUCGCCGUUCAGUCCGACUGCACCGGAAGCAAGCUUACCGCUACCAACACGGCUAUCAGCAACUGCCGUGCUUUGGCCUCAGCAGCCCAGACUGCCGCGACCUCGGGCGCUGCCGCCAAGGUGACCGAGUACUUCAAGUCGAGCUCCAGCUCUACUCGCAGCACAGUUGCCAGCUUCUUCUCGAGGGUAGCCAGCCAAUGCGGCAGCACUACAUCGGGUGCGCGACUAUACUGCUCUGACGUGUAUGGCGCGUGCACGAGCGGUGUUCUUGCGUACACCUUGCCCUCAUCCCAGUAUGAAGUCAACUGUAACCUGUACUUCACCGCGCUGCCGGCCUUGUCCCGGACUUGCCACGCCCAGGACCAGGCGACCACAACCCUUCACGAGUCGACCCAUCUCUACGGCACCGAUGACUACGGCACCUACGGAUACGCCGGUGUUCGCAGCCUCUCGGCAUCCCAGAACCUGAACCACGCCGAUACCUAUGCGCUUUUCGCCAACGCUAUCUACGUCGGCUGUUAA